AUGAAGGCCACUCUCUUCUCCACCCACUCCUCUGUCUCCCCACUGCUUUCCAACGGUACGCAGCAGCAGGGUACCGCACGUGUCUGGUGGUGCAGUCACAGGACAGAGUGGCCGACCGCCUGCUGGGCAUGCUGGGCAAUCGCUUGCAUAGCCCACACGAACCACAUCAGCUACAAGCGGUAUGCAGCAGCAGGGUACCGCACGUGUCUGGUGGUGCAGUCACAGGACAGAGUGGCUGAUCGCCUGUUGGGCAUGCGCCUCACACCCAGCCCCCAACCCGUGCCCGUGCCUGCUGCUGCUGCGGCUGCUGCUGCUGAUGCCUCCCAGCCGCCACUGCUUUGUGCCCUUCGUGUGGAAACCACCAAGCUGCUUCUGGCGCCCCUUGAGAUCAUAAAGAAGGCGGACGAGCGACUGGGGAUCACACAAGGCGCACUGGCAGAGGUGGUGGGCGAGGAGCUGUUGGUCCUACCUGGCAUGGACGCCGUCAUGGCAGUCGCAGUGGUGGGCGAGGAGCUGUCUGUCCUACCUGGCAUGGACGCCGUCAUGGCAGUCGCUGUCCUCGAGCGCAUCGCACGUCCAGCUGGCGGCCUGCUGGCCUUUGCCACGUCAUCCGGGCCGCGGGCCACGUCAGCAGGGAAGAAAGGAGCGGCAGCAGGGGAGUGGGUGUACCCGUGGGGGGAGGGGGAGGCGGAGGUGGUGGUGUUUGAUGGGGCCACCACCUGGGAGGUGCUGCGCAUGCUGGCCAGCCCAGAGAAAGCCAGCUGGGAUCUAAGCGGUAGCAGAGCAGCAGCAGCAGUGGGGGAGUGGGUGUACCCGUGGGAUGAAGGGGAGGCAGAGGUGGUGGUGUUUGACGGGGCCACUACUUGGGAGGUGCUGCGCAUGCUGGCUAGCCCAGAGAAAGCCAGGUGGUAUCUGAGGAGGUUCCGUGCCUUAGCAGAGCGGACAGACAUCGGGCGUGUGGCUCUGCCCUCCGUGGCCCGCCUACUCGACUCCAUUGUUGGCUCCUCCAAAGGGGGGAGUGGUGGGAGUGGUGGGAAUGCUGGUGGAAGUGGGGAGGAUGGGCAGCGCAGCACAGCGGAGAUAUGGGAGAAGCUCGACUCUUUCCUCUCUGUGAGUUCCUCUCUGCCCUCCAUGGCCCGCCUACUCGACUCCAUUGCUGGCUCCUCCAAAGGGGGGAGUGGUGGGAGCGGCGGGAGCGGUGGGGUUGCAUCCUACGAGCAGCGCAGCACGACGGAGAUAUGGGAGAAGCUCGACUCCUUCCUCUCUAAAGCCGUCUCAGCAUUCGCAGACCCCUACCGCACGUCCGUCUUCCUAUUGGCCGAUGCGGCGAGCCACUCAUCAGUCGACACCUGUCGCCGCAUCUGGGGCUGCGCAGUGCAGGCAGGCGUGUCCCCUUCAGGCGUCUUCCUACUCCCAUCGGAGGUAGCAUCUGGGGAAGGGGGACUGGCAGAAAAGUUUUCUCCGCUGCCCGUGGGACAACUGCCCGUGGUGACAGAGGAGGCACCGGCGGCUGUAGCGGCCGCAGCCGGGCAGAUGAGCGAUGGAGCGGUGGCGGUUAUGAACGGGGAAGGCGUGGGGAAGGCUCCUCCGGCGGUGGACGUGGACGUGGCGGCGUGCACGGUUCGUCUUUUUCUGCCGGGAUUCGACAAGCAAGAGGUCAAGCUGCAACAGGUGAGUGGUGUUGGGUCGGACAAUCACCAGUGGAAGGGCGGGGCAGAGCUGUUGGUAGAGGCUGAGGACCAGUGGCGGUGCGUGGAGUUGUUGAGGCAUUCUCCAGGGGAAGUGGAAGGGCGGGGCAGAGCUGCUGGUAGAGGCGGGGGACCAAAGGCGGUGUGUGGAGCUGCCUCGAGCCGUUCAAGGGAAGUGCUUUUGGCAACACAACGAGUCGAAGCAGGCCGGUUUCUCCCGGGCGUCGGCAGUCUACCCACCAACCGACUUCCACCCGGCUUGAAUUCAGCCAUCGCCGCGGCAGCCGCAGCACCGAGCAGCAGCAGCCCCGCAGCGGCGCUCAAUUCGACGCUCUCGGGCCUCCAGUCGUCCCUCAACGGCCAGAUCGCGUCUCUCGACGCGCUUCUCAAGAAAUCGCUCGAUCAGAUCUCGGCGGCCCUCAACAGCGACGCUUCCGCAGACGCCGCACUCCAGGCGCAAAUAUCCGCGCUGAAAGCCAACCUCGCCGCUUUAAACGCCAGCCUCGUUAAUCUAAACGCGCUUAACAUCUCAGGGUCGAAUCUGAACUUCACGGAUCUGAUUUCCCAGAUCUCCGGCCUUCAAUCCAACAUCUCAUCGAUCAGCAUCGGCAUCGCCGCUCUGAACAAGGACCUGGCAGGAAUAAUCGGCUCGGGCGUAGGCUCGGGCGCAGGCUCGCGCGUAGGCUUGGCGGGCGUGUCGAGUGCAGCCACCACAGCGGCUUACGCGAGUCGGAACGCGGCGAUCCGCGCGGCGGUGAGGCAGCGGCUGGCAGCUGUGACGCAGCGGGUCGCGGGGCUCAACGGGAACGUGUCCGCGCUCGCCGGGAUGCUCAACGCCUUGAAUUCCGCUCUCAACGGCGCUCUCAACGGAGCUCUCAGAGUCGCGAAUCUUCUGCCCCAGCAGGCGGGCAUGCUGCGUGCCGUGCUGACGUCAUGCAACGGCCUGCUGUCUCUCCAAGCCGGCGCUGCUGACAUUCAGAUCCUCAAGAUUGGCUCGGACUAUCUGCUCACAUACUACCUGUACGCAGCAGGAGUGACCAAGGCCCCGGACUCGCAGGCCAUCUUCAAGGGCAACGCCUGCGGCACCGCUGCUGCUUCAGCAGCCCUCGCCCUGCCUGGCACGUGGGUGCCCAUGAGCCCGGUGUCCUGGUCGCUGGCCAAUGUCGUGAGGGCGUCAGCUGCUGACGUGGCGGAUGUGCUGGCAUCGAUCCAAGGGAUCACCAAUGAUGACCUGUUCCUCGGAUUCUCCGGUGCUGACGGGGCGCUCUCAGGGAGAGUGAUUGGUGGGAAGUUGUAA